AUGAGCGGUGCAGCUGACGACCGAUGGCGCGGAGGCCGUGCGUUCGACCAGAACCGCCAGUCCGGACAGAGACAGUCGAACCCUAGAGCGAUGAGCGCACACGGCGGGCCCCGUGGCGGACAGCAGAGCUCGAACGCACCGAGUACUAGUUGGGCAGAUGAGGUUUCGGACUUGCAGGAGCAACACGUGCCGGUGGGAGGAUUCAACGCUGCGGAGGCAAAGGCAGCUCUUAGAAGAGCCCCAGGAGCUCCGAGACCAUACUUUUACAAGCCUCAGGGAAAGGAUGCGAACAACCGUGCGAGUGGGCCUUGGGGAUCGAAACCCAACACGAUGGCUAACGGAAAGGACUUCUUUCUCGAGCUCCGAAAGCAAGUGACUUCCCUACGCCAGGGAGAAAAUGUCGCGGGUGGUUGA